GAUAAUAUUCUUGAAAAUUUAUUUCUUGAUCAAAACAACAAUUGCCACAUGGCUAACCCCAGAGCCAGACAGUUGGAUUUGGCUGUCGCCACUCCCCAGCUCUCUAAACCUGCUCUUUGCAUUUACGGUAGUGUCUGGCUUUUCCCAUACCGGGAAAGCGCAUUUAUGGAUUGCUGGCUGGCUGGCUGGCGCCUGUUAACUGUUCGAUCAAAGUCCUCUUCAUCCAGUCGCCCAACAAACUCUUGCAAUCAAUGCGCCAUUGUGAGUGACCUCAUUAGAUUUUCGGUAAACGGACUUCUUUUCAUACCCCCGUUGUGGUUGUAUAGCAAUGACUGCGUGAAGCGGAGGAACGUAGGAGCUUACGUGGCUGAGCAUGAAGUCUGUAUGGGAUCAAAUUCAAUGAAGGCGCCGCACGGGCAGAGGGGGAGCACCAUCGGCUGCUGCGAGUGGUGCAUGCGGGAUGCGAUUACUUGAACGUUCGCAAAAGAACACAACAUUCCGUGGCUGGCUGACGAAGCAAGACACCAACUUGGACUCGCCUUCCCACUCACCCCUCAUGCUUUCUUUGUGCCAAACUUAAUUCUUAGGCUUUGUUUGUUUGUUUGUGCUAAACUUUAUUCUGGAUUCGAUCAACUACACUACCAAUCAUGCCCCCAUUAAUUAAUUUAUUUGUUGAU